AUGAGGUCGGGGGAGGCGGGCGAGGGCUCGGAGCUGGCGGAGUUCGGUGCGCGCUGGCCGCCGCCCUACUCGCAGGGCUACGGCUGGGCGCGCUCCGCGACCCCGCAGCACCCGCCCGCGCACCACCUCGCGCGCCACUCGCGCUCCCAGCAGUGGUUGCAGGACAACCGGCACACGAGCUACGAGGCGGAGGAUGCAAGGGCGCGUGCGCGUGGCGGAGUGUACUACUCACCACCAGGGACGUCUUACACCAUUGUAGAACGGCCGGCCUCGUCGCAUGGUCACCACGCGCCCUACUCACAUCACCAAUAUCCGGGAAAACUCUCGCGCGCAGCAUAUUUAGGUUCCUCCACAAUCCCAAACAGUGCAGGCGCAACAAGCUUAAGGAACAGCACAAACCACUUAAGCGCAACAAAUGGCAAGAAGCGGCCCAUUUCACCUGAACAGGUGCUCCGUCUGUUCGGGCAGGGAGGUGCUGCAGCGCUGGGCAAGGCGCUGCCGCCGUCGCAUCCACCAGCACCAGUGCCUGCUCCAUUGCCGGCUAGGCGGCACUCGCCUGCGAGCAGCCCUAGUAGCACAACGCAUCAUGCGAUAUACCGUGGCGGCGAGCGGGAGAGGCCGUACUCGUCGGGAGGAGCGCCGCCGCCGCCGGCUGAGCCCGCCACGCGCACCGUCACCAUGAGCCGCGACCCAGCUGAUUCCCAUGGCUUCGGCAUAUGCGUCAAAGGCGGAAAAGAAGCAGGAGUCGGAGUGUACAUAUCGCGGGUGGAAGAAGGGUCUGUCGCGGAGCGUGCGGGUCUUCGCCCAGGGGACUCCAUCUUACAGGUCAACGGUACGCCAUUUUCCGGGAUAUCCCACGAGGACGCGUUAAAGAUGCUGAAAUCGUGCCGCCAGCUGACGAUGACGGUGCGGACGGCCGGCGCACUGGUGGGCCGUGCGUCGUGUUCGUGGAUGGAUCGUUACGGGAGACCCGCCUCGCCGCCACCACAGCGCCCAAUCCGCUCUGCAAGCAAGGACCGCUCUAUACGCAGGGUGGACUUGUGUAUUGAGCCAGGACAGUCUUUAGGCUUGAUGAUCAGAGGUGGUCUGGAGUACAACCUUGGCAUCUACAUCACGGGAGUCGACAAGGACUCCGUAGCAGACCGAGCAGGGCUUAUGGUAGGAGAUCAGAUCCUGGAGGUGAACGGUCAGUCGUUCGUGGAUGUGACGCACGAUGAAGCGGUCGCGCAGCUGAAAUAUCACAAGCGUAUGUCGCUUCUUGUACGCGACGUGGGCAAGGUGCCGCACGCGUGCACAGCAUAUGGAGAACGCGAUGCAGCCCCCAGAAUAAGCGGCUGGGGCAAGAGGCGUGGAGCAGCCGCGGUGGCAGUGGAGCAGAAGGCGAAGUCACUGAUACCACCAAGUGAUCUCCCGGCACUGGCCUACUAUAUGGAGGAGUAUGCGGCACGUCGACUAACGCCUGACGCCUUCCUCACAGUCCUGCGGGAUUUGCUCGACACACCACAGAAAUAUACUCUCCUUACCGAAAUUCGGGAGUUCAUGUUACCUGAAGAUCGACCAAGGUUCGACGAAUUAGUAUACCGUCGGAACGAAGAAGCAGCUGAACAUCAUAUUAAGCGCGGAGGAGAGCGGCAUAUGCUGCCAUCGUCCACCAUGCACGACUUGCACGACCCGGAGGGGCCACCGGAGGCACCGCUAAUAGUGGACCACCGCUCUCCUUCCGAGGACUCCGGUCUGGGUCUACCACCGCACGACCACGCCUACAGGAGCGGCAGGACGUGGAGGGCGACCGACGCGCCACCGCCUGAAGACGACCUGGACCCACCGCACGAGGAAUACGAAGAAGAGGGUCGUCGGUCGAGGAGACAUUCUUCUCCAUGCAACUCCAAAGAGGGCAGCACCACCGCUUUACAUACACAACACUACGAUGAUACGUGCGGCUAUCUCGAGGGCCUGCGCUCAUCACUCGGUGGCUGGACGCAGAAAGUAAAGUCGUGGUACUGGGGAAGACCUCUAGAGUUGGCACAUAAGUUGUCCCGAAGCUUUGACAUGAAGGAAGAAGGUGGAGCACUGCUGGACGAGCGAGGAGGCAUUCGGCGGCACCAAUCGAUGCAACGCCUCCAGCACGGUGAGACGCAACUCGACGAGAAUCGGGCAGCGAGGGUAGUACCUGACCACCAUGGCAACCUGCACAUCACCGUUAAGAAGACCAAACCCAUACUUGGAAUCGCCAUUGAAGGUGGCGCCAAUACAAAGCAUCCGCUGCCGAGAAUAAUCAAUAUACAUGAGCAUGGUGCGGCUUACGAAGCUGGCGGAUUGGAGGUGGGCCAACUUAUCCUGGCUGUGGAUGGGCAUCGAGUGGAAGGCAUGCAACAUCAGGACGUCGCGCGACUUAUCGCGGAGUCUUUCGCUCAGAGAGAUAAACCGGAAAUCGAGUUUCUGGUCGUCGAAGCGAAAAAGUCCAACUUGGAGCCAAAGCCAACCGCGCUGAUUUUUUUGGAGGCCUAA